CACCACCACCACCACCACCACCGUGAGGCUGAGCACCUGUGAGCCGAGAUGAAGUGUCUGGUGUGCGUCCUGACCGUCGGGAUGUUCCUCUCCUCCCUUCCCGGCUCUGUGUUAUCUCAGACCAACAAGGGCACGGGGUAUGGGGUGAAGCUGUGCGGAAGGGACUUCAUCCGAGCGAUCAUCUACACCUGCGGAGGGUCGCGCUGGAGAAGGCUCUCAGACGAUCAGGACUAUGUUCCCUCCCAGACUGCAGCUGACAAGGACACAGAGAGUAUGAAAACGUUUCAAGACAUGUUUGCGAAUGAUGGUUUCCAGAAACCCGACCUGCCUUUCAGACAGCAGCCACUGAAGGACACCCCUUAUAACGACGGAGAAUUUGGGCAGCAGAUUCCUAAUGCUCUCAGCCAGUACAUUCAACAGAAUGAGGAAGGGAUCGAGAAGAACCAGGAGGUGGAGAACUUCCCCUGGGCCAAAUCCCUUAGGAGGAAAAGGCAAGAACCUUUGGGAUUGGCAGUCAUGUGCUGCAAGUGGGGCUGCACCAAAAAUGAAAUCCGUGCACUCUGCUGAAAGCUAAAUCAUGCUAAUUGUACAUCUGUAUUUAUUCCAUUCACUUGAACUCUACAUCAGUGAGAGUUUAGUCUAAAUUGUGAGAUAAUGUAUUUAGAAAUCUCACUUUGUGGAAUAUUAAUUCAACAUAAUUUACAUGUGAUUUCUAGUAUGGUCAAAGUAGU